GGAUCAACAUCAAAAGAAAAUGUGCCCUUUUUGUCUCAUCCUUCCCAUUUAUUUAUUCAAAUUAUAUUCGAUGUCGCAUGAAAACUGAGCCUGAGGACGUAACGCAUGCGCAGGUGCUGCGCACAUCUCUUGACACAACAUGAAUUACAUUUUCCAUGUGUUACGUAUUUUGAAGCUAGUAUUUACACUCAUCAGAUAGAUUAAUUUUUCUCUAUUUAUUUUCAAUAUACCCUUCGUUUUUGGAUCACUUCAGACGAUAAAAGCCGGGAUGUUCAAGGUCUUGGAAACAUUUGACACGAAAUUCUCAGCGGAUUCGGUUGAAUGGUGUCCUAUCGAAGGAUUCAAAGAUUAUUUUGUUUGUGGGACGUAUGAAUUAUUAAAACCUGAAGAGCAAUCCGACUGUUCGAAGAAUGAAACUCAAACACGUCAGGGUAUUAUUUAUUUAUUUCGCGUCGUUUCCCCAGGAAAUUUGCAUUUACUGGAUCAGGUGAAUGUGGCCGGGGUGCUAGAUAUGAAAUGGGCUCAUGUCACAUAUGAGGGACGCAUUCUGUUAGGGGUCGUUAAUUCUCUCGGCUAUCUUCAACUCUGGGAAUUUCAGGGAGAGAGUAAAAUGAAUUUAAUCACAGAAACUAAGGUACGUUGUGCAGACGAUGAGUACUUGGCGUUGUCGCUGGAUUGGAGUACAGGGCGAAGUGCGUGGAACCACUCAACGGAGGUCAAGAUCGCCGUCAGUGAUUCAAAGGGCUUCAUCUCAGUUUACAGUGUUAUUCAAGGGAGACUCUCCCUUGUUGCGUCUCAGUCGGCUCAUGAAUUUGAAGCUUGGAUUACAGCGUUUAAUUAUUGGGACCCAAACAUCAUUUAUUCAGGUGGUGACGAUUGCAAAUUCAAGUGGUUUGAUACACGAACCGGAUUGCAUUCAGUUGGCUCCAACACAAUUCAUACCGCGGGAGUAACUAGUUUACAUUCAAACGCAGAGAGCGAGUUCAUCUUAGCAUCCGGAAGCUACGACGAGAUCCUCCGACUCUGGGAUACGCGGCAGAUGCGACGACCUAUUUCCGAGACGAAUUUGUCUGGUGGGAUUUGGAGAUUGAAGUGGGAUCCAUUCCAUCACAAGUACCUAUUCGCUGCUUGUAUGUACAGUAACUUCAAAAUCAUCGAUUGUCAACACCAGCAUAACCCGGAGAUUGUUGGGGAAUUGAAUGAGCACGAAAGUAUUGCUUACGGCUGCGACUGGUCUUCCCUUGCCGAUGAUGAAGUGGCGAAUAAGAUUGUCUUGGGGAAUUGUGAAUCGAGAACAGCGAUCGCUGCUACUUGUUCAUUCUACGAUCAUACGCUCAGGCUAUCUGUUAUUACAUUAGGGAAUUGAUGCAUCAUAAGAAAGAAUUUUAUCAUAUAUAUUCAAGUUUUAUGUCACCCUUCCCCAAUUUUUGUAAUAAAUAUUUGAUAAGUU